AAAACUUGCCGAACCAGAUUUCACGAGACAGGUGCGUUUUUAACACGACAAAGGACGGUCAAACGAAAGAGGAAGACUGGUUAUGAUUAUAUCUCCAUUAAAAGUUUUCCACAACUUGAUUCAUUUCAUGAUCCACAAUGGCGGUAAACCUGAGUAAAAACGGACCCGCGCUUACAGAAGCAUAUAAUGAAGUGGUGAGCGGGAAAAGAGACUGGGUGUUGUUCACCUAUGAAGGAAACAGUAAUGACAUUCGGGUUGCAGGGAAGGGAGAUGGUGGGCUUGAAGAAAUGGCGGAUGAACUGAACAGUGGAAAAGUCAUGUAUGCCUUCUGUAGAGUGCUGGACCCCAGCUCUGGCGUGCCCAAAUUUGUGCUCAUCAACUGGACUGGCGAGGGAGUCAAGGACAUCAGAAAGGGUGUUUGCGCUAGACAUGUUCACUCAAUGGCCAACUUUCUGAGGGGUGCACACGUGACUAUUAACGCUCGAUCAGAUGAUGAUGUGGAACCUGCGGCCAUCAUGGAGAAAGUGGCCAAAGGCUCCGGUGUAAACUACAACAUCCACAAAGAGUCAAGCCAGAACAAUCAUUCUGAGCCUCCUGGACGUGUGGGCUCUGUUUAUAAAAAGGUCAGUGCUUUAGAUGAGAUCCAAGGUACAAGCAGAGAUAACUUCUGGGCUCAGGCUGAGCGAGAUGAAAAGAACCGCCGGCAGGAGGAGCGCAGGAAGGCAGAUGAGGAGAGGCAGCGUUCGGAGAAGGAACGGAGGGAUCAAGAGAGCAGAGAAGCAGAAGAACGAGAGCGAAGGAGGAAGGAGAGAGAGAAGGAGAUCGACCAACAGAGAAUUUUUGAAAAGAAACUAGAGGCGGAGAAUAAAGAGCAGGAACAAAGAAAAUUGGAGAAAGAGGAACAGCAGACUCCUGUAAAAGCAGGAAUAUUGAGAUCUGCGUCUGUGCAGAAAGCUAAUGAGGCGGCAUCGAUCAUCUCCCAGCGCUCCACCAAUCCCAGAGAGCUGUUCAUGAAGAAAGAGAGAAGCUUGGUCAAUGAUGCAACAUCUUCUCCAUCAAGCAGCCGACAGGGUCAGCUGAGAAGCCCAUUUUUAUCCCAGCAAGCAGAAAGUGCUCCCAGUGAGAGCAGAUCUCAGCCAUUAUCUCCUCUUCAGCCCGUGGCUUCAGUUUCACAUGUUCUAGCUAAAGUCUCUCCUGCGCGCGAAACUCAGACUUUCCCAGUUAAAACUGCCGAUCCCUUCUCUGAUGAUCCGUUUGUGUCUGAACAAGCUGAGGACUAUGAAGAUGAAUGGGAUGAUUCAGAUGCAGAGGUGUCGAGUCCUGCUGCGACACACAAGCAAAAUGCAGAUGAAAACAGCACCUACAUGAACAUCCAAUCCAAUCAACGUCUGUAUGAAAACGUUCACCAGGAUCUCCAAACUCCGGCUGAUGAAGAGGAGAAUGGCGACAACCAGAACAUCUGCGCGAGAGCACUAUAUGACUACCAGGCUUCGGAUGACACAGAGAUCAGCUUUGACCCGGAUGAUGUUAUCUCCGGGAUCGACAUGAUAGAUGAGGGCUGGUGGAGGGGUUACGGUCCUGACGGCCACUACGGGAUGUUUCCUGCUAAUUAUGUCGAGCUUAUGUAGAUUUCCAGUAACCAAUCAGGUGCAGUUUUAUAUGUGUUUGGCUAGUGUGCUUUAAUUGUGUUUCUGGGCAUUUGGAGAAUCUGGUUUCUUGCAUUAUAUAAAUGAUGUACAAUAAAAGUUUGGAAUAAAA